GCCGUAUCUGAGACCUCUGUCAGAAAAUAAUCAUGGCGGCAGCAGCGCUGGUUCGCCGUCCUGCGAGUGUCCUUCCCAGGAUCUCAAGUUCCUGCUCCCCUGUGGUGCUGUCAGCCGUCCCAGUGACAGUCCAGCAGAGGAAGAUCCACCAUGCUGUCAUUCCGAAAGGCAAGGGCGGCCGCUCGUCCUCCAGUGGGGUCGCUGCUACCGUCUUUGGGGCUACAGGCUUCCUGGGCAGAUAUGUGGUCAACCGUCUUGGUCGCAUGGGCUCCCAAAUUAUAGUUCCCCAUCGCUGUGACCAGUAUGACCUCAUGUACCUCAGGCCUAUGGGGGAUCUUGGACAAAUCAUCUUCAUGGAGUGGGAUGCCAAGGACAAGGACUCCAUCAAGCGGGCCUUGGAGAACUCCAACGUGGUCGUCAACCUGGUGGGACGAGAGUGGGAGACAAGUAACUACCGCUUCGAAGACACGUAUGUCUCCAUCCCUCAGCAGAUCGCCAAGGCAACCAGAGAGGCCGGCAUCACCAAGUUGAUUCACAUGUCCCACCUGAACGCUGACAUCAGAAGCCCCUCCAAAUACCUGAGGAACAAGGCGGUAGGAGAGACAGCAGUCAGGGAUGAGUUCCCAGAUGCCAUCAUCAUGAAACCAGCUGAGUUUUUCGGGAGAGAGGACAAGUUCUUCAACCAUUUCGCCAACAUGCGCUGGUUUGGGAAGGCGGUGCCUCUCAUCUCCAUGGGCAAGGAUACUGUGAAGCAGCCUGUUCAUGUUGUGGAUGUCGCCAAGGCGAUCAUCAGCGCCAUCAAAGACCCGGAUGCCAACGGGAGGACCUACGCCCUGGUGGGACCCAACCGCUACCUCCUCCAUGACCUGGUGGAGUAUGUCUACGCUGUAGCCCACAGGCCCUUUGUGUGCUACCCUCUCCCCAGACCCCUGUACCACCUUGUUGCUAGUUUCUUUGCAAUGAAUCCAUUUGAGCCGUGGACUACCCCAGAUAAAGUAGACCGGUUCCACACCACAGACAUGAAGUACCCUGGGCUUCCUGGGCUGGAGGACCUAGGGAUUGUCCCCUCCUCCGUGGAGCAGAAGGCCAUCGAGAUCCUCCGGCGCCACAGACGCUUCCGGUAUCUGGAGAUGGAGCUGGACGAGACCAAGCCAGCCAAGACGGUCAACUACUGAGCAUCGGCACCAGCCUCCACCGUCUCCUCAAAUACUCUGUUGUCUUUUACAACUUCUCUGUACAUAAAUGAAUAAAAGAUAAUUAUCUAAACCAUU